AUGGCACUGCCAUCAUCCAGAGCCAUUACCAAUCCCACAAGCCCGGACCUUACCCCUCUUGUCACCUCCAUAACUUCCCUUCUCCAAACUCUAAACCCAAGGAACCCCAACCCCAUAAACCUCAGUUCAGCACCUCUAAACCGCUUCUCACCUUACCUCGAACCAAACUUAGUCAUCCAAGUCAUCAACAAACAACCCAACCCUUACCGUGCUCUCUUCUUCUUCAAUUGGGCAGCUAAUCCAAACCCAAAUCCUAAAAACUAUACCCACGAUAAUAAGUGUUAUGAAGCCAUCACAAAUCUCCUCCUUUCCCAUUCCCUAUUCUCCCCUGCCAUUCAACUCCUUGAAAAAUCUCAAAAGCUCUCAGAUUUCUUCAUUAGCAAAAUCAUCAAGGCCAAUGGGGAUAAAGGUAAUAUGAAAGCUGCUAUCUUUUGGUUUCAAAAAGCAAAAGCCUUUGGGAAAGACAACUACCUGUUUUCAUUUAAUACAAUUCUGGGUGUUUUAGUUAAAGCUAAUAAGGUAAAUUUAGUUAAGACCUUGUUUGAUCAGGUUGUGAAGGAAGGUUUGGUUCAACCUGAUGUGUCUUCCUAUACUACAUUGAUAAGGGCUUUGUGUAAAAUGGGGAAGGUUGAGAGUGCAAAAAAGGUGUUUGAUGAAAUGAGUUGCAAGCCAAAUAUGCUUACUUUUAAUACUAUGAUUAAUGGGUUCUGUAAAAAGGGUGACAUGGAGAGUGCAAGUUUGUUGUUUUAUCAGAUGAUUAAUGAAGUGGAUUGCUUGCCUGAUACAGUAACUUACACUACUUUGAUAGAUGGGUAUUGCAAAAAAGGAGAAUUUGAAGAGGCAAUGAAGUAUAUGGAUAAGAUGGUGAAAAUGGGUUGCUUGCCCAAUGUGUUGACUUAUAAUGCUAUUAUAUAUGCUUUGUGUCUUAAAGGGGAAGUUGAUGAGGCAAAAAGGAUGAUGUCCAAGAUGAGGUUGAAUGGAGUGAAGGAUAAUACUGCAACUCAUAUGAGUAUAUUAAAAGGGCUUUGUGUUGUGGGGAGGUCUAAAGAAGCCAUUGAAUAUUUUAGGUGGAUGGUCAGAUGUAAUAUGGAUUUGGAUGCAAAAGCAUAUGGAAUUGUUGUGAAUGUGUAUUGCAAGUUGAGAAAACUUGAUGAAGCAAUUUUGCUUUUGAAGGAAAUGCACGGAAGAGGCAUCUAUCCGAAUGUUUCAAGUUUCAAUUCAGUGUUUAGGACUCUUGUGGAGUCAGGGGAGCUUGAUAGAACUAUUCUGCUUCUAAAACAGAUGCCACAAAUGGGUUGCUCACCAAAUUUAUUGUCCUACAGCACCGUGAUAUGCAGUCUUUGUAGGGCUGAAGGGAGGAUGCAAGAGGUUAGAUACCUUGUUGAUGACAUGCUUCAAAAUGGUAUUGUUAUUGAUGCCACCAUGUAUGGUUGCAUAGUUGAAGGAUACAGUGAGGAUGGAAAUCAAGAAAUGGCGGUGCAAGUUUUAAAUGAAAUGAUUGCUAAGAGUUAUGUCAUCGAUGUGGAAGAGUUUUUCCAGCAGUGCGAUCCGGAAAAGGAGAAUCUUUGCCUUUAUGGAUUUCCCGGUGAGCAGUGGGAGGUGAAUUUACCUGCUGAAGAGGUGCCUCCUGAGCUUCCGGAGCCUGCGCUGGGUAUUAACUUUGCAAGAGAUGGAAUGCAAGAAAAGGACUGGUUAUCUUUGGUUGCUGUACACAGUGACGCAUGGUUACUUUCUGUGGCUUUCUACUUUGGUGCUCGGUUUGGUUUUGAUAAAGCUGAUAGGAAACGCCUUUUCAAUAUGAUAAACGAUCUUCCAACAAUAUUUGAAGUUGUGACAGGAGCAGCAAAGAAACAGACAAAGGAGAAAUCAUCAGUUUCAAAUCACAGUAGCUAUAAAUCUAAAUCAAACCCUAAGAGAGGUUCUGAAUCACAGGCCAAGAAUAUAAAGGCAAUUCCAUCAAAGGAUGAGGAUGAUGAUGUUGUGGAAGAGGAUGAUGAUGAGGAGCAUGGAGAGACAUUAUGUGGGGCUUGUGGAGAGAAUUAUGCAGCUGAUGAAUUCUGGAUUUGCUGUGACAUCUGUGAGAAAUGGUUCCAUGGAAAGUGCGUUAAGAUUACACCAGCCAGGGCAGAGCAUAUUAAGCAGUACAAAUGCCCAUCUUGCAGCAACAAGAGAGCACGGCCUUGAUGAUGGCUGGUCGGUGGCUUUUAUGUGAAUUCUGGCUUCAGGGUCUGCUAACUGUCUUGUAGGUCAAGCACUCAAGUUUGUUCUUAGUCAAUGUGUCCUUUAGUCUAGGAAAUCUGUCUUGGCUUUUUAUUUUUAGGUCAUGAAUUCGCUGUUUAAUUUGAUUAUAAAUUAGGGUAUUUACAAUCAGGUUUAGAAUCAUUUUCUUCCUGCCAUUGGAAGGGAGUCUUGUUCUAUAUCUGAAUCAUCUUUUUCCUUAUAUGCAUCUUCUUUCCUUUUUGUAUUCUAA